GAUCACUCAGUGUCAUAAAAAAUGUGUCUUAUACUCUGGUCUUACCCCCAAACAUCGUUAAAAAUGUGGAAACAAUUGUUUGCGAAUUGACAAUAGUUUUCCGGCCUUCAACCAAUCAAUGCAUGCACAUCACGAUACAAUUGUCUUUCAUUUUGUCCAUCGCCAUUUGCCGGGGCAAAUUGUGUGCAUGCAGCAGCUCCGAGCUUCCGAUUGCAAUAAAAUUACCCCUUACCGCAUGUUUUGAUCUGGAAAUUGGGAAUUUGCUUAUUUUUCUUUCCAUUUGUGUACAGCAUGGGUACAGCAAUGCAGCAGUGGUAAUAAAUAACACUGCAUCGUCCUCGAUCACUUGUGUGUUUUAGUCCCUAUAUAUACGAUUGGUUUUGUGGUCUUUGCUCAAACACUUCUAGAAAUCAGAAGGCCGGAACAUGGACUCCUACUCGCUGUCAAGCAGCUCUUCAAGUCUCAUGAGUGAAAUCACCGAGCUAUUCCCAGAACUGAAGACAACUUGUGAUUCCAUAGAAGUUCUCAACCCUCAUCAGACUGGUGGCGAUGACAGUGUUAUUCAGGAUGGAUGUGAGACCGAUGAUGUAUUCGAGAAAAAGUCAUCAUCUUAUUCGAACAGACUGCAGGUGCUCAAUGAAGCGGUCAUCAAGAAGAUGUCAUCAAAAGUCAAAUGCCAAAGGCUAACAAUGAAAGAUGUCGGAACAUUUGACAAAUGCAAACGAGUUAAGAAGAUCAACGAUCUGCAAGAGAUUGGUCGAGGAACCUAUGGAAGAGUGCUCUUGGGGCGACACAUCCAGACUAAGAGGGCUCUGGCAAUCAAACAAUCUUGCAGAUCACAAAACCACCAUGCGUCCAACGAAAUGGUCAAUGAAUCCACUGACACGAUCAGUGCUAGGGUAGAGAAAGAGGCAAUUGUUCACCAACUUCUAUCCGACAGUCAGUACUUUCCGAGCUUUUUAGGCACGCUCGAUCUCGACAACGACCCCUGCUUGGCAAUAGAAUUUGUUGGAAAUCAAAAGUCGGGGACCUCCUUCUCUCUCCUCGAGCCUCCGUCUUUGUCUGUUACAAACGGCCUCGACAUCGCAGAGGACGUCGUGCGAGGAAUGAUGGAGCUUCACGACCAAGGGCUCCUGCACAACGACCUCAAGACCGAUAAUGUCCUUCUCGAGAAAAGAGGUCAUAGUUACCACGCCGUCAUCAUUGACUUCGGUAUGGUCAGUACGAUCUCGUCGCCGUUACAGAUGACGGAGCUUCCUGAAGAAUUGAAAGUAGCAUACAUUCACGGAGAGGAGGGUGAUUACGUAGCCCCCGAGGUCGUUCUACAUGGACAGUCAACAUCGAUUUCAUCGGAUGUAUUCUCAGUUGGCAAAAUCCUUGAAGACAUCACAAAAGUUGUAGAAGAAAGAUGUCCACUUCUGAAAGAUCUAACAUCCUUAGCCAUCAAAUGCAUGAAGAGGAAUCCACAGUCAAGACCGGACCUUUCCUUUGUUCUCGAACAUAUCACUUCCUUUAAGAAACAAAUGGAUCGCCGCCAAAUUCCACUCUGGAAAAGACUCGUUAAAAAACAUCGAUGAAGAGUGAAGUUUCACAAAAGCAAAAUCUUUCCGAGCAAAACAUUUGGACCAUCAAUAUUUAAAAAGAUUUGCAGACAUAUAAUUAUGCUGGUCUUGCUGGAUAUACAGUAUAUGAAGUCGUACUAAUUCAUCUGUCUAUAAACGGUUACACGAUAAUAAUUGUCAAGCAGGGAAUGGUAGCAGACUAAUGAUGAGUUUGCAGAAGCAAAUGGAUUACCUGGGGAGCGUUCAUAAAAUGACUUGUGAGACGUUUUAACAUUAAUUUUUAUCCGUCAAGUCCCCAACAGUUACCAUAGUAACAAUGCUUCUCAGCCAAUCAAAAUCAACAAAAGAGGUCUGGCGAGCGUUUCAGACGUUUAUCCGACAAGUAGUGAUUUAUCCGACAGUUACUAUGGUAACAUUGUCUCUUAGCCAAUCAUAAUCAAGGAAAGUUGUCAGACCUGAUAACUUGUCGGGUGAAAAUGUUAAUGAAGCGCUCAUCGGAUCUAAAACAUUUUCGGACGAAAAAUAUUGAUGAAAUACCCCUGAUUAACAAUUUUUUACCGGAUAAAUAGUAAUAGAAAUAUUGUAUUUAUAAUUUCGAUUGAUGAUGUAUUUAUAAUAGUGUUUUCAGUGCGCAGGCGCAUAACUUGUUAUUUUAAUUUAAGACGUAUUUUGUUUUUGUUUUUAUUCACUAUAUUCAUGGGAUAAUAAAGAAAUUCUAAGAUUUUAUGAAUAAGUAUUCUUAUCAAAGAACAUAUGCAGUAUGAUUUUCAGUAAAUGUUAUAAUAAUCAUUCCGAAAGAUAUGAAAAAUGAUGGAUUUAACAUAAACUAUUGAUUCAUUCAAAGAAAAAAAAUUUACAGCAUUUCAAUUUGCCUUUUCACUGCCAAGUUCAAUAUUUUACAUGUUAUGUUACAUUCAAUAUCAUGUUAUAAUGAUGAGCCAUUAAAGUUUGUGGACUAUCUUUUCAAAUUCCUCGCAAGCUAUAGUUGUAUACAAAAAAGAAGUUUUCGAAGUAUGCAAAAAAAUAUUAUAUAUACGACAUUUCUGUGUGACUUUUCUGUUUAAAAAGCAAUUAAAAUUAGUUAUUGUUAAGUAAUUUGAUUUAUGCAAAGACAAAACCCUUAAAUUCUGAACUCUAUGGACUCUUGGGAGCGUAACUUGAAAGCUCUUGUGGGACAUUUUAUCCGACAAGUCCUGUUUUAUCUGACAGUUACCAUGGUAAUGGUGCUUCUCAGCCAACCACAUUCAAGAAGAGUUGUCAGAUCUGACUUGUCGGACGAAAAUGUUGUUGAAACACUCUCUGGUAAGCUAUGGGAGUCAGAUGUUACAAAAAAAUCGUAACAUUGUAGGCGCAAUUAAUUAGCUCAUUCUACACAAAGUCAAUUCAUAACUGUCUGGGAAUUAGGGGGAUAAUAAACGUAAAAAGCAUAUAUUUUCGGCUUCCCAUUUUUUUAACACAGUUAGACCAUAAAUUAAACUGGACUUCAGAAUACUUGCCAUUAUGCUUGAAAUAUUUGACAUUUCUGUGUUACUUAUUGGUAUAUUAAUUAUUAAAUUCAAUAUCACUGCC